AUGUCAGCAGAAAUCACUAAAUAUCAAUAUUAUCCCAAUUUCGUUCAUAUCACAGCACUGUCUCUGGGUUCUAAAAAGAAAAGCUCUCAAUAUCUUAUUUUUCUCUGCCACAGAGAGAGAGAGAGAGAGAGAGAGAGAGAGAGAGAGAGAGAGAGAGAGAGAGAGAGAGAGAGAGAGAGAGAGAGAGAGAGAGCUAAAGGGGUUUCGAGUGAAGAUGAAGGAGGGAAAGCAAUAGAGACGUCACAGCCGACGGUGGCUCCUCCGGCGAAGCACAGCCGACAGCUAGGAGCUCAGCUGUCGGGAAGCAUGAGUUUCAGCAGACAAAUGUCGAAUGAAGACGAGGAGAUGUCGAGGACGGCUUUGUCUGCUAUCAGGGCGAAAGAAGAGGAGAUCGAGAAGAAUAAGAUGGAGAUUAGGGAAAGGGUUCAAGCUCAGCUUGGUCGUGUCGAAGAGGAGACUAAGCGCCUCGCUUUGAUCCGUGAGGAACUUGAAGGUUUAGCUGAACCCAUGAGGAAAGAAGUUGCUUUGGCCAGGAAGAAGAUUGAUUCUGUCAACAAAGAGUUAAAGCCUUUGGGUCAUACUGUUCAGAAAAAGGAACGAGAGUACAAAGAAGCUCUUGAAGCAUUCAACGAAAAGAACAGGGAGAAGGUGCAGCUAAUCACCAAGCUUACGGAGACUCGAGAAUAAUAAAUAAGAUUCAGUGAGAAAGGUGAAUCAGGCCAACAUGCAUGACGGCACAUCCAGAAAGUAAUUUACCUUCUUGAUACCAGCAAUCACAUGCAGCGGAACAAAACCAUGAUCAUCCAUGUGCCCACGAAGUUUUACGUUUAGAGGAAGAUCUUGGACUUGGUAAAAGACUGGACCAGGUGAGAGAGGGCUGAUGAAAGGCAUACGGGGAUAAUAUGGAGAUGCCAAUUCUGAAAUGAAAGACGCAUUAGAAAAAAAAAAAGAGUUCCAAAACGUGAUCUUUCAAUGUAUCUCACUAGGAGGAAAGGGCACAUGCCCGCCAAAAGGCUGAAUAGGCUGAGCUGCCAUAAACUGAGGAGGAAUUGACUGCAUAGUUGGAGGUUGAUGUCUCACAAAUGCUGGGGCGCCUCUUUGUGAAUGUGCAUUUCCAUCUCUCCCACUAAAGCUUCUGCAAAAAUUCCAGUUUUGAUUCCCUUGCUCCUGGCUGCGCCUGCCACCAUGACUUUGGUGGUGGUGGUGGUGGUGGUUACCAUUUUGGUUCCUGUGCGAGUGCCGUGGUGAAAAGUUGUCACUACAACCACCAUGGGUUUGUGAUGCAGAGCCAUUCCUCUGGUUUUGGCCUCUAGGAGAAGGGUUGUGCGAAGGUGUUUCGACAAGUGGAUCUUGAGAAACAGUACCAUUAGCAGCGGAUCCAGAAGAGCUAUAGUAAUUUUUAAAAAAAUUUAUAAAAUAAAAAAAAUUUAAUAUAAAAUAAUUUUACUGUUGACUUACUAUUCUAAUAUUUCAAUUUGAAUAUUCUCUUUGUUUUAUAAUAUAAUGGUUUAAAAGUAUUUUUUGUUACACUAUAUAAAUUGUUUUUAUAUUUCAAUGUAACUUUAUAUUUAUUAUAUAUUGCGUGGCCAAUUAAAUUAUGUAAAUUACUGUAUAAUUGUUUAAAUUUAAAUAUUAAAUGACAGUUUUCUAAAGAAAUAACUUUUAAAUAUUACAGAUUUUAAUUAAAAUUGAUUACAUUUUGAAGCAGAUGGAGUAAUCUAUAAACUAACUCUAUAUAUAUACCUUGAAUUUCUCUCAUUAUGUGCAUUCCUAACUCGAAUGAGAUAAUCAACAUCUAAUAUUAUGUUACUCUCAGUAUAUUAGAAAUGAUCGAACCGUAAACCAAUUAAGGAUGAUGUAAGGAAGACAUAAAUAUGUAUUUCCAGUUAUCAUAAAAUAUAGAAUCAAUUGACAGCAACUUAAUUAUGUUCAGCGUAGAACAACAGAGAAGAGUUUCCAUAAUUUCUAAUAUUAUAAUAUCUCACUAUUUUAAGCUUUUCUCUA